AUGCUGUACGAACACUACAAGGACUACUUUGAUGAAGCCGAUCUACUCAUGUCCGCGAUCAGGUCGUAUAACCAUGAGAUUGUCAAGUGGUGCUUGGAGACUGGAGUUGGUGUGCCGCUCAGACUAAAAGAGAAUGAGACUUUGGAGACGGCGAUCGUUAGCAAGAGCUUCAUGGUGCUCAAGUAUCUUCUCGACUCUGGCAGAUACACAGAGUCAGAGGUCACCAGCAAGGCCGCCUAUAUUGCAGGCUACCUGUAUCAAUCAAAGCCCGAGACCAUCAUCUUUGUACUGGAUCCAAACAACUUCCCUCGAUCACUGGUCAAUGCUCUAAAGAGACAAGCCUUGCACAAUGUCUACGAGGUCAUCAUGACUGGCAACCAGGGAUUGAUUGAUAUGCUGCUCGGUGCUGCGACCAAGAUCGAAGCUCCGGAAGCCUACAUAUAUACCCUGCUCAAUAAAGCAACUCCAGCAGAGCAACUUGCGCACUUGGAGAGAUUGAUAAGAUUCAAUCAACUGAUUGGAGAUCCAUCUGUAUGGGACAAGGCGAAAGAUGUACUCAAGAGUGCAAAGGAGAGCUCAUUGUUGUUGAUCAAGAAUGAGAAAGAUAUGCCACUGUUGUGUGACAUCCAACAUGUGCUCGAUACACUGGAUGACGACACAAGAUUGGUCUACCUCAAGGUGUUCAUGUUGGUGAAAUCAAGCAACCAAAUGAUGAAGAGCGGCAUCAACUCGGUCAUCAAGUACUAUGUCAAGACAUGCGACGUUGUUCUCUUGAACCACCUGUUGAAGGACAAACUACACCCUGCUCAACAAGAAGAGAUCAUUGUAGUCCUCACAUCCAAGAUCGUAAUGUAUGGCACUGUCUUGCAAGCCAUGUUACUCAUGUGUCACCUGCGAGAUUAUCCUCCUGGCCAUCGUUGCAUUCUUGCUGUGACAUCAACCCUAGCCAAUCCAGAGUUGUGCCCGUUCAUGUCCUCCAGAGUCUCAUCCAACACAUUGUCUGUGAUCAAAUACCUCAACAACAAUUUGAUCGGGCUCCUCCCUAGCCAGUUGCCAGAGCAUCGACGCACCUACCUCUUUGACGGAUCGUACGAGAUGCUAGCCUUUCUAUUGUCCAGCGACAAUAGGAUAUUCUCUUUCAAUAAUGUCCGCCUCAUUGCAACUGACCACCAACAGCUGGAGCUCAUGCGCAACACAAACCCAAGGCUGAUCACCGACCAAGAUGUCUUUUAUAUCUCUCAGUUUGCAGCACUACAUGGCUUGGUGGACACGAUGCAAUUCCUGAUGGAUCACUAUCCCGACAGGUACGUCAUAAAUGGCAUGCUCGAGUUGGCAAUGACCCGUUGCGAUUGGAACCUUGCGAUGCUGGAGUUGCUGAUGAAAGAACGUCCUGACCUGCUCAAGGAGACUGAUGUGUGGAAAGACAUUGGCAAGAUUGGCGACACUCGGCUCGUUGAUAUGGCACUCAAAUACCAUCACUCAAAGUCACCAAUCAAGAAGGUGAUAAUGUCAAUUCAAAUGAUUGAGGAGGCAACACGCAAGAACAACAUCGAUCUGAUCAAGUAUUUCCAUCAACUUCCAAACAUGCCCAAACUCACCAAAUGUCUGCCAGAGGCAAUACUCAAUGACAAUGUUGAGUUGGUGGGCUAUCUACUCAGUGUGGACAAUAAGAUGGAUGUCAAUAGCAAGGAGUAUGAGGAACUUGUGCAAUUGACUCAUAACAGUGACCGUCAUUAUGUCAAGAAGUAUCUUUUGUCACGUGUAUCAGACAAGAGAAGAUCAUACAUCGAGUCAACACUCAUCAAGCACGAAUCAGACGAGUCGGACCAGUCAUCAAUCUAUGGAGAGGGCAUGGAUGAAGAUGAUGAGGAUGAGGAUGAGGAUGAAGAUGAGGAUGAGGAUGAGGAAGAUGAGGAAGAGGAGGAUGAAGAUGAGGAAGAGGAGGAUGAUGACAAGAAUGACAAAGGAGGUAAUGGUUGUAAUUUAAUGUAA